GCUAGGUGUCAAUGUCCCAAAAUACGAGGGAGAGUGUUUGGGCUAUCAGCAAGGCUAGCAUCCCUUUUUAUAGAGAUGGCAUCACUCCAGGAAAAGAAGAGGGCUCUAAGUGGGUACAAGUGGAGGGACUGGUGGAUAAAUUGAGUGUGUCAAUAUCUGGCACUGUGUGGGCUAUAAUGCAUGAUAAGUUAUUUUACCGGUCUGGAGUUACACCGAACAGUGAGCAAGGUUCCUCCUGGACAGCUGUAGAGCACGACUUUAGUACCGACAUGCUGGAGGCAGGGGGGAGUUGUUUGUGGGUGUAUGGUAGGGAUAACAUGUUACAUGUGAGGACUGGUAUGGGCUUCCACUCCAGCUCCGCCGGGAUUACUAGGAUAGGUUCAGGCUGGACGUCCACUCCUAGCCCUACCUCCCCCUCUGGGGUCACUGACAUGGCCAUCACGUCACAGGACGAUCUGUUCGUCCUGACAGAUGACAACAAGUUGUUCAAGAGAGACGGGUGUACCCAGAGUUGUCCUGAAGGUGUUAGUUGGGCCAAGUGCGCCCUACCAAGAUUAGACGAGCUGAGAGCAUUCUUCCCUUACGGUAGUGUGGGUGAAUUGUCUGGUGAUUCCUCUAACUUGGUCGAUCUUAUUGUUUCAGAGUACAGGAAUAUCAGUUCAAAGAUAUCCCCCAGACUUACGGAGUCAAUCUCUGGUGUUAAUGUUGAACAUGUCGCUAAAUGUCCCCGAAAUGAUUACGAAGGUGUUACUAACGGUGACUGUGCUGAUGUUGGUAUUGAUGAACAUGCUCAAUUCGAAUUUACUGUAACAGCUGAUGAAUGUUUUUCUGCGCAGAAGGAAUUGACGAUAGAGUUCACAGGUUUUGGUCGACUUACACUGAACUUAGAUACUCUCUGUGAAUGUGAAUGUGCUUCAACUGAGGUAACAGAGGAUGUAUGUUCUGGUAACGGUGUGGAACAGUGUGGAGCCUGUGUGUGUAAUGAUGGGUGGAGUGAUGAUCUUUGUAACUGCCCUGACGGUAACCUCGGUAAUCAGACCAUGUGUAAGAUGACCCCUGACGGUCGAAUUUGUGGCGGUCCGUCCAAAGGAAAAUGUCGAUGUGGCGAGUGUGACUGUAUACCGCCCAACUACGGCCCGUUCUGUCAGUGUAACAACGAAGCAGAGCGACAUUGUGAUUGCAGUGGUAAUGGUAACUGUAUGUGUCCAGAGGGUACCGAUAAAUCCGUGUGUGUAUGCGAGGAGGGAUGGACAGGAGACAAGUGCGAGUGCACAACUAACACGGAGACUUGCAUGUUUAAUGGGUUUGAGUGCGACGGGCAUGGUACUUGCAACUGUGGUAAAUGCGAGUGCGAGGAUAACUACUCUGGAAAGUUCUGUCAGCAGUGUGAGUUUUGUGACAAGUGUACGGAAUUCGAGGAAUGUGUUCUAUGUGUAGUCGGAGACAGCGACACCGCCGGAAAAAACGCCGAGGACUGUGAUGCUUGUGAUAUUGCUCUGAACAUUUAUUUAACUGAUGAGAGGGAAACGCCGGACAGUGAGGAACAAUGGUGUGACUUCGAGAAAGAUGGGUGUUUGUACGAGUAUUACUACGCGCAAGCUCCAGAAGAGAUACAAACAACUCGUCAACUUCUCUACAUCAACAACGAUCCUGACUGUGGGCCCAUCAACAUAAUCUGGGUUAUUGUGGGCGUCAUGUUAGCUAUCAUUCUCAUGGGUAUAAUCAUUAUUUGCUGUUGGAAGUGUGUGGUUAUGUACAAAGACAAACAAGAAUACAAGAAAUUCAUCGAAGACAUGGAGAAUACCAAAUUCGCUUCUACGCAAUCACCGCUGUAUAAUUCUCCAAUAACAUACGUUGAUAACCCUAUAGCAAGAAAGAUGUAGUAUAGAAUCUAUUAUUAUCAAAGUAAAGCAAGUAAAUACGACGAAGAAAAGAGUGUCCCGCACUGUUGUACCAUGUAAAUACGAUACUGCCGAGAGAAAGAUCCUACAGAAAGACAUUGUAAAUACGACCAUUGUAGGAUACGAGUCAUGUUGUUUGAAUUUUGUACAAUUUUACUUAAUAUUUACAGUAUUAUUAAAGAAUAUUAUUAAAGAAUAUCAUUAAAAAUUAGAAAUGAUCCAUUGGUUGCUGCUGCAGCUGGCUCUAUUUCGAAGAUUUCGAAAAUGAGGCAAAUUACCUUGAGGGAAUGUGAAUUGUAUGCGCCUGAAAACCAAAGCUUCAAUACUGCCAUCUAAAGUGAGACUGUCUUAAGUGAGACUGUCUUAAGUGAGACUGUCUAAAGUGAGACUGUCUAAAGUGAGACUGUCUAAAGUGAGACUGUCUAAA